AUGAAUAUCCCCAUAGUUUUGGCUGUAUUUGUUGUCGUCUGCGUAACUCUGAUAGCUGGUCAGAGGGAUGACUGCGAGCAACUGAAACGGGCGUGCGAUAGCUGCGUGAAUCGCCCGGAAAAUGCGGGUGAUCGGAACCGUAAUCUCCCCACGUUGAACAGGGAGUGCAGGAGGAGGACUCGCAAUACCUGGGUUUGGCGCGAUAUUAACCGAUGCGAGCUUACCAGAUUGAAUUGCCUGGGAUCCGAUCGCCGGAUGAACUGCGGCGAUAUAGCUGAACUUGCCAGAAUGAGACGUGUCAGGAACUGA